CGACUUCACUGGUGGUUUGCCAUGCUAGUCUUUUAGCUAGCAGAGGUGUCUGAAGGAGUUUGAAUGAAAGUGUGUCAGGUGUUUUUUAGUUGUUAGGUUUUUUAAUGUUGCAUUGCAGAUAAUUGGUUUCGACAUAAUGUUUAUAACUAGAAAAUUGCUGAAACUCGUGGUGUUUGUCGGAGUGUUGGUGUUAGUCAUACAGUACUUACAUUACUGGUUAGCCAGUAAACAGUAUGUGUUUACAAAAGAGGACGUCGCCAAACUGGCCAAACAGUACGCAGGUCAGGAUCAUGAGCAGGCAUUCUCUAAAGUAGUGGUGGAGUUGCGGAAACGCUACCCGGGCCACAUCCUGCCUGACGAGGACCUGCAGUGGGUGUUUGUAAAUGCCGGGGGUUGGAUGGGCUCCAUGUGUUUGCUUCACGCCUCCCUCACCGAGUAUGUGCUGCUCUUCGGGACCGCCGUUGACACAAGUGGACAUUCAGGUCGAUACUGGGCCGAGAUAUCAGACACCGUAAUUUCUGGGACUUUCAGGCAAUGGAAAGAAGGAUCAACUAAAAGUGAGACUUAUUACCCAGGUGACACAAUCGUGCACUCGGUGGGCGAGGCGACUUCGGUGCAAUGGACUGCAGGGACCUGGAUGGUGGAAUACGGCAGAGGAUUCAUUCCAUCCACACUGAGUUUCGCGCUAGCAGACACGGUGUUCAGUACACAGGACUUUGUAACACUCUUCUACACCUUUCGUGUAUACAUGAAGUGUCUGCUACUGGAGGCCAGUACUUUCCUGACUGAAGCUGGUGUCUUCUAAAGACCACAGUGAUCUCCAGUGCCAUUGUACCACUUCAGUGCCAUCCUGUAACAGACUGACAUGCAAGAGAACAGACAAUCUAAGCUUAUGGACUGGACUUUCUCAGGCAAAUAAUGACAGCCUGCAGAAAAAAGUGAGAUGGUUCUCAUAACAUAAAUGACAUCUUGAUUAUCCUACGUUGGGGCAGAGUCUUAAUUAUUAGUCAUUGUACAUCCAUCAGAUGUAAAAAUCCAAAUCCGUCAGAUAUAGGAACACCGAAUUGUUCAUUACUUACAAUACCUCACUGAAUGCCUUAGACUGUGAAGAAUUACUGUCACCAGAAUGUUGUGUGAAUUGUUUAUGGCAAUCAUUUCUGUCAAGCUUUUCUCCACAAUAAAACUUUGUACUGUUCUGUGCUGUUACUUA